GAAAUGAGUGUACUGUUUUUGAGUUGUAUUUUCCCUUCUAAGUGUAAGGGGCUUAAAGGAUAGACGUGAGAAAGAACCUGAGCAAUGGGGGUGUGAUGUGAAGUAAGUCUGCCUUGCUAGUGAACUUUUGAGGAAACUUAGCAUAAGGGAAAUAGCAUUCAGGAGGAAUCAAAAUGAACGAGAAAUUUGCUCGAGUCAAUGUUUAGUUUUGUUUUAUGUUCCAUAUAAUUCUGGAUGUUCCUUCAGUGAUUGAUGUCCAAGGCAGAAGUUAACUGUUCGUCAUAUGGUAUCUUUUUAAAAAAAGUUUGUACAGCUUUUGAUUACUGUUAUGGUUGUAAUCGUUUACCGAAUUCACAUUUAAAUGAAUUUCCAAUCUCAUUUAAUGCUCUUGGUUAUUAAUUACUAGUUUAGAUACUUGAAUUCUUAAUGUGGACACUAUAUCGAAAAAUUUGUUAGUGGCAAGGCAGUGAUCCACCUCAUUGGAAAAUACAGUUCUACCUGUAUAAUCUUUACAAUGCGUUAAACAUUGUGUAACAAUGCAAGUGAUUCAGUAAGUCGGAGAAAUCUCUUCGGCUUGUAAGAAAGAACGAGGGCGUCGUAUGCCAUGUAGCUGAGAAUCGAUUUGGAAUUAGUAAUUUAGGAGUAAAUUUCUGCGGAUGUUGGUGUCGCCACUGAAAAUAAAAACAAUUGGCUGUCACAGGUGGUCAGGCAGCAUCUAUAGAGUGAGUAACGUUCUGAGUGUAGGUGACAUUAAUUAUCCAUCAGUCAAUCCAAGUCCUGCUGUGAGCCGAUUAAACGCUAGCUGAUCGUGAUCAUGGUUGAAAAAUCCAGGAGAAACUGGAAGAGACUGUAUUCAAUGAAGAAAGUUAGCGAGUAAGAUUGGGAAUGCGUACAGUCAUGUUAGGCAACUGUCCAGCCUCGCUGCUCACCUGGGGCUCUUCUGCUGGAGGUAGGACACCGAGCCCUCUGCGCAUGUGUGGAGUGAGCUGCCUUUGGCGGUUUUGAUCCGGUCGGGGAGUCUGCGGCGUGUGGAAGCCAUGGCCAAUGCCGUUUGUAUCCUCACAGGUCACUUCAGUAUCUUUGGAGUGGUCUUCUUCAAGACGGACGUAAGUGACUGUGUGAUUGUAAAAGGAGAAUUUACUGGACUGCCUCCAGGAAAACAUGGCCUUCACGUUCACAGCUUUGGUGAUUUAACAAAUGAUUGGAUUAGUGCAGGACCUCACUACAAUCCAAACAAUGAAAUACAUGGUGCACCAGAAGAGAACAACAGACAUGCAGGGGACUUGGGCAAUGUGGAAGUGAAUGAAGAUGGUUUGGCUAAGCUGGAUAUGGAGGUUCAACAUUUCCACCUGACAGGAAUUCAUUCUAUUAUUGGACGCUCUCUGGUGAUUCACCAGAAUGAAGAUGACUUAGGAAAAGGUGAUAAUGAAGAAAGCCUGACAACAGGAAAUACUGGAGAGGGUUUAGCAUGGGGAGUGAUUGGAAUUUGUCAGGGUAAUAUUUUGGAGGAAGUCUUAAAAAAAUAAAUCUAACUAAUAAAGUUGUUAGUUCACAUUACAAAAGCUAUAUUUAUCUAUGAUUGAGUGUUUGCUAAAUGUUCCUUGUUUGUGGACAUGUAAAUACAUUUUCCAGCUGAAAAAAUUUUUUGUUUCUGCAUAAGCAAAGCUAUUUUCUUUCAGCUUUUUCCAAAAUGAAUUAUUUUAGGUACCAACCAUUCUUAGGAAAUGUUCCUUUCCAAUUUUUGUGAAACAGUGCUGGUUACCAGAAAAUUUGAUUUGAAUCAAAUGUCAAUUGUACUCUGAUGUCUGCAGUUCUAUUUUGUAUCAUGCUGUAGCAUUAAGUGUACAGAAGUAGGCUGCAGCACAGAAUGAUAACACUUCGCAACAUUUUAUUUCAUUGAGCUACACUUUUAAGAAGUCUGAGAGUGAAACUAAAGCUAAAAUGUUUUUAUGGAAGAUUAGAUGUAUUAGUGUCUUUAGUUGUUUGUAUCAAUGUAAAAAUGUUUUUCAAUAAGUAUUUUAGCAUGUGAGAAUAUUUAUAUUAAGUACUGUACUGAUGUUUUUGCUGAAAUGUCACUUCUGAAAUUUAGUUAGUGACAAAAUAAAAAUUCAUCUCCUUUUCAUUGAAGUUGUUAUGGAUGCAAAUUGUUAAGCUAAUAUGACUGGGAAAUUUGUAGGUCUCGUCAUAACAAUGUUCUCAUGAGUUUGACAUCAGUUGGGAGUUGGGAGGUAAGACCAUGCAAAUGAUAGAAACUAGUACCACACCUUCUCCUGAGGAGCUGACUGAAAAUAGAGCUGAAAUACUGGAGAGGUGCAUAUGCAAACUCAUUGAAAAUUUUGAAUUGAUGUGCAGGAUUAAUUGGAGCUGAUCAUAGAGCAUUGAUUGAGUGGAAUUUCUUUCUAUUCAAGAAAUCCAGCAACUCCAUAGUAGAAGCUGCUGUACUGUGUGAAUUCCUCUGUUGCCCCUUGACUGUGUGAAAUUCGGUGUCUCCUUGAUACUGUUACUUUGGAAUCAUCCCAAAAUUGAUGAAUCACUCACCUGUUCUGAAGAUGAUGAUGACCUGGCAGCUAUGAGCUCAAAUGGCUCACUACUUAUUGUAGCAUAUGACUCCCAAGGACAGUUGAAUGAUACAAAAAGUCAAAAGAUUAUGGAUUUUGACAGCCAGACUUGUAUGUAGAAUUUAUUUGGCCUGCCAUGCACCUUAGAGAAAAUAAUAUACGUAAUCCAGGGAAUCUUUAGUGAAACAAAGUUGCUAAGAGAAAAAUCCUGAAUGCUUUGUGAGAUCUGAAGGCUUACAUAGUCAUGAUGAGAAUGUGUGGAUUGACAUAAUCCCUCUUUGAUGCUACCUCAGUCACUUGCUUUUCCCCCUAUGGGCAUGUCCUCUUUAGGCUUGGUAAUUGUAGAAUCUUCAAUGGGGAAAUUGCUGUAAUAGUAUUCCUCUUGUGUGUGAGAGUGAAAAAUG